AGUGAUUCCCAGCCUUGUUUGGGCAAAGUCUCGUUCUUAUUUGUUCUGCUUCACCUCCCAUCCUAGAAUCCACGACUCUUCUUUGUGUUGUGACACUUGAUCGAUCAACAUGCUGCCGAACUCGAUCAUCUCGACUUUUGCAGCUCAGCAUCCUCUCGGUAUGCUGGGCAAGCAACAGUCGUCACUCUCUGAUGAAUCCCUCCAGUCGGUCUCCAAGAGACGCGAACCCUUUCCCGCUUGGAGCACUAUCGAUGACGUGAAGAAGACGGCCGACUCGAUUGCCCAAGAAGCCGCUCGGGAGUACAAUGUUGCCAGCCACAAGGCACAGGAGAAAGCGGGCAAAAUUGAGCUUUGGACUCCCAAGUACUAUGCUGCCUGCACUGUUGGUGGUUUGCUCGCCUGUGGCCUCACUCAUACGGCAGUGACCCCUCUUGAUCUCAUCAAAUGCCGUCGCCAGGUCGACUCUAAGCUCUACAAGAGCAACAUGCAAGCCUUCCGCACAAUCCGUGCUGCCGAGGGUUUCCGCGGCGUGUUCACCGGUUGGAGUCCGACUUUCUUUGGUUAUAGCGCCCAAGGAGCUUUCAAAUAUGGCGGGUACGAGUAUUUCAAGAAAUUCUACAGCGAUCUCGUUGGACAAGAGCGUGCUGCCGAAUGGAAGACCUCCUUGUAUCUAGUCGCCAGUGCCUCCGCCGAAUUUAUUGCCGACGUCGCCCUCUGCCCAUUCGAGUCCGUCAAGGUGCGCAUGCAAACCACUAUUCCUCCUGAUCUCCGGGGUACUUUCAGUGGUAUUUCCUCGGUCGUCGCCAAGGAGGGUGUAUCCGGUCUGUACAAGGGUCUGUACCCACUUUGGGGUCGCCAGAUUCCCUACACGAUGAUGAAGUUUGCCUCGUUUGAGACGAUCGUCGAGAUGAUCUACAAGAAGCUGCCCGGCCAGAAAUCGGACUACAACAAGGGUGCGCAGACGGCUGUCGCGUUUACUGGUGGUUACUUGGCUGGUAUUCUCUGUGCUGUGGUCUCGCAUCCGGCCGAUGUGAUGGUCAGCAAGUUGAAUGCGAACCGUCAAGCUGGUGAGGCCUUCGGUGCUGCGAUGAGCCGGAUCUAUGGUGAUAUUGGAUUCCGGGGUCUGUGGAAUGGAUUGCCCGUCCGUAUCGUGAUGAUUGGUACCUUGACUGGACUCCAGUGGAUGAUCUACGACUCCUUCAAGAUCUUCAUGGGACUGCCAACUACCGGUGGCGGCUCUAGCGAGGCCAAGAAGAAUUAGGCCUAGUUAAGGGCCAUUCUCGUGACAACCUCCCUCUAUGACCUCUUGCCAUUAUUAACCUUUUUUUCCCCUUUGCGUGGCUAAUCUGGUCUAGAGGUAGAGGACAGUGAUACUAACUAGCACGUGCUUUUCGACAUGUGAAUUUUUCCUUCUCUCCCGUGUAGCAUGUAUCAUCUAAUUUGAUCUCAUCUUCAAUUAUCUUCAAUUAUUA